CAGAGGCAAGCGCCUGCCUCGAAGUCGACGGGCAGUCGCUACCGGCAGCUCGGCAGCGAUCGUCGCACUCGCAGUUGCUCUCAGUCGCAGUCCCAGUCUCGGUCGCAGUCACAGCGAGCUAGUCACAUUCAUCGCCGAUCCCAAAGAAAACGUCAGCGCGACCCAGAGCGCUUUAUAGACACCGAUCAGAGCGCGGUCGAGGCGGUUCGUUCGUGGUUCGCUGAGUCCGCUGCCAUUGGUUCAUGGGCUGCAAGGCGGCGCAGACUGACGGCCCCCUGAGUGACGGCUGCUGCCCGCAAUUCGCUAAUUUCCCGCGAAGAAAAUCGCCUUUGAACCCGGCCUGGGAAGUCGUGCGCGGUCUUUUCGAAAGUGCGCAAUUCGUGUGACAGCCGAAAAUAAAUAGCAAACAGCACACAGCAUACAGUGAGUGAGCACAUGGCCCCAGAGAUUGGGCGUGAAGUUUGAUUAAUCCGCGCAGAACCAGAGACAAAUGUACUGUCGGAACGGCUAGUGCCAAGUGUCAAGCGAUCGGCUUGGGCCCACGCGAUAAGAACGCCACUUGAGUGGGAAUAGGUCCAGUCAUAACAAAAACAUAGAAACCCAAACAGAAUCGCAAGCCGGGAGGCGGACAGCCACAAUGCACACCUUCAAGCGCGGCUUCUUCUGCGCGGACCUGAGUCUGCGCUACCCCUACAAGGACUGCACUAUAACGGUGCCGAUGCUGCUGCUGAUGAUGCUGCUGCUGCCGAUGCUCUUUGUGGCCGUGGUGGAGGUGAUGCGCAUCUGCAAGCGCUUCCGCACCAGGCUCUACCUGCGCAACCUGUGGCGCGCAGAGGCCACCUUCAGCUUCGGCUUCAUUGCCACCUACCUGACCACGGAGCUGGCCAAGGACGCGGUGGGGCGCCUAAGGCCGCACUUCUACCACGGCUGCUUGCCCAGCCUGAGCGAUGGCACCAGCUGCUCAGAUCCCCAGAACGCUGGCCUCUACAUGGAGCACUUCCUCUGCACCAACCGCAACCUCUCGGCGCGCCAGAUCCGGGAGCUGCACGUGAGCUUCCCGAGCGCUCACAGCAGUCUGAGCUUCUACUCGAUGCUGCUCCUGGCUCUCUACGUCCACGGCGUGUGGCGGGGGCGAGGCGGCGUGCGGGUGCUGCGGCACGUCCUGCAAUUCCUGCUCCUGAUGGCCGCCCUAUGUGUGUCGCUAAGUCGCGUUGCCGACUACUGGCACCACUGGUCCGACGUCCUGGCUGGGGCCAUCCUGGGCGCCACCUACGCCACCCUUACCGCAGUCUAUGUGGGAGAUCUGCUGCGCCACCGACCUCGAGGCUCCUCCAGAUGCCCGCCCCCGCUAGGCUACACAGCCUGCCAACACAUGCACCACCAUCACCAGCUAAUGGCAGAGAACAACAACUCCGCAGGCUCCGCCAAGGUGCACUUCCUGGCAACCACCGCCUCGGCCUCGAUGACCACCACCACCCCGCUGGAUGACAUACACGAUUCUGAGGAGGAGGAUUCGCGGGUCUCCGAGGACUCCCACGACUCUGAAGAUUCCCAUGACUCCCACAAUGAGGACGAUGACGACGACUUCUACAAGGAGCCUGCAACACGCCCCUCUCCGCCUCCCAAAGACCUGGCCCAUGUCGUCUAAGACAGCUGUGGAGCCACAAAGCUGAAAGGCGCGGGCAGGAGGGACUAAUCAGGGACUUAUCGGACGGCGGCUGCUAUUUCGACUAUUUUUCCAUUUAGAAAUCGACGCAAACAGAAAUAUGUGAUAAGCGCGCGGCGCACUCUCUACCUGAUAUGCCACUGUCCACCCCUGCUCCUCCUCCACCUCCACCGCCAGCGAUUUACGAAAUCCGAGGCGAGCGGCGUGCGGCGAUCAAUUGUGCAACGCACAGUGGGACCAGCCCAAGUUGGGAGUUCGCUUUUCGGAGGCAAUUUCAGAGACGGAUUGAGCCACUGUGUCUUUCCGCUGGCUACUGGUACUCCACACCCCACCACCCGCCAUCCCGCCUGGCGCAGGCUCCGACUCCAACUGCAGUUUGUUUGUAAACAAUGCCGCAGUCACGUCGCCGCCGCUGCCGCUUUUGAAGUGGGCAGCCCGCCAACGUGGAGCUCGCAGCGCUCCCAAUCAGCUGCGACAAUCUCUUGGCAGCGACGCCGGCUGCUCGACUGCACAGCUUUCUGGCCGAUAAUGCCAUAUAAAUAAUGAGGGGGAGCUUACGGUCCCGGCUAGCGCUCGCAUGCGAGGAUGAGAGCGAGGCGCGAGAUUUAUGAACAAAUCAAUUGAGUCGAGUUUAUUAUUAUUACUUGCUUUAUGUUAAUUAUGUUUGGCUUAAUCUAAGUGUUUGCUCUGCAGGCUGAUUAAAUAUUUAUUGCCCAAGUGA